CACACAGAGAACAGACUCCUCUUCACACGAGACAAACUUCGUGAGGACAUUUUAUUUCCACUUUAAUGAAGAACUUAUCUGGAUUUUGUUGUAUUUUCUCUCCUCAAGAUCACCGGAUAAAAAGUCAUGCUGGUCGUUCAGAGCGUUGCAGUUUGGUGUCUUCUAGCAUCAGAUCUUCACUUUAUUACCUCAGCGCUGGAAACUUGUAAGACGGCCUGGUUUGAUGAACACGAUGUUUCCACUUACGGGGACUCAGAGCUCUUAAGUGACUUGAGAAGGAAGCACAGGACGAGGAUCUGCUCCGACCCCGUGGACAUGGAGGCUCAGACGGUGUCUGGAAUCAAGUCACAGCACACCAAGAACAACUUCCACACUUUCAGUGCUGCUGAGGGCCUCGUCUGCCUCAACUCAGAACAGAAAGGGAGUCAGUGUGAAGAUUACAAGGUCAUGUUCACCUGCACAGGACAGUUCUGCUCAGAGUGCAGGACACGCUGGUUUGAUCACGAUGACCCAACAGGAAACGGAGACUACGAGGUCCUCAGUGACCUCCUACGCAUGUACCCGAGAGAAAUCUGCCCUCAGCCAAUAGCCAUCGAGGUCCAGACCAUCUCUGGGGAACCUGCCUCCAACACCUCCGAUACCUUUUUAAAUUAUGAUGCCACCUAUGGGUUCGCCUGUGUUAAUGCAGAUCAGAGGGGCAGAAGCUGUGAAGAUUACAGAGUCAGAUACUCAUGUCCUACAGAGUUCUGUCAAGUGUCAGAGCGGUGCCGAACACAGUGGCUGAACAGCGACGACCCGUCAGACGAGGGUGAUGUGGAGUCCAUACCUCAGCUCCUGAAAACGUUCCCUGGUCAAGUCUGUGGAAACCCACUCAGCAUCGAGGCCAAGACAACAAGUGGAAUAUCAGCCGAGCACACUGGAGACACUUUCCUCUCCUAUGAUGCCGCUUUUGGGUUUGCCUGCAUCAGUGAAAAACAGAGGAGUAAAAAAUGUGAGGAUUAUCAGGUGAUACUGACCUGUCCCCCAGACUUCUGUCACGGUUGCAGGACAAAUUGGUUCAACUUGGACAAUCCCACAAAGCAAGGGGACUAUGAGACCCUCCGCCAGCUGCAGAUGCAACACCCCAGUGAGGUCUGCUCCCAGCCUGUGGCCAUUGAAGCCAUGACAGUGUCUGGUGUCCCUGCGCACAAGACCGGUGACGUCUUUCAAGUAUAUGACGCUGCUCGUGGUUUCGCCUGCGUGAACGCUGAGCAGCCUGGUGGAAGACGCUGUCAGGACUACAAGAUCCGUCUCACAUGCCCACUGGAUUUCUGCUCAGUGUGACCUCUCACAUCAGCGGUCAACAUUUUUUGGGGGGAUUUACUGUUAGCGCAGCCAAGUCAAUACGUCAGCCAAUACUUGUAGAAGAGAGCAAACACACACAUUUUCUUGCACCAGUUUUCUCCAGUAUAUUUUUUUCAAUGUCAAUAAAU